CCAAUCAGAUGUCUCGGUGGGCGGAGCUUCAGGAGCGCGUCUCCAGGUUAGUGAUUCCACCGGCGUACGUUUAACAUCGCGAUUCUGACUCGCGCGUGCCGUGUGCGCGUGUUUGUUUGUUGUUGUUGUUGUUUUUUUAAAUGAAUCCCACAAACACACACAGAGUUCUGCAGUAAAACGCUGAUUAAAGAGCGCUUAUGACGUGUGUACAGUGUAUAACGCGCUAGAUUGUACUGGAGGUAAUAAAGAGAGAAAAGAGCCGCGCCCUGAACCGAGCGCACAAACUUCACUUCCUCCACCUCAGGUAACCUGACACACAAAAACACGACAAAGUGAAACCACCAGAACGUGUAGACUCCGGAAACACACGGGGUGUGAACAGGGCCGCUGAAACACACCGGCUUUUUUUGGUUUGGUCAGAGCAGAACGGUGUGAGCUGAAGCCCCAUGCCUCUUAACACCCCAUUACCCACCAUCCCUUUCUCCUGACUGGUGUGCCAAUCAAAACCCCACAACACUUUUGAUCUCACCACCUUCUCUUCCUCCCUGAUUCCUGCCUCAUCCCAUCCUCUGAUCUCCAACAUGGCUGCUGUCACCGCAGCAGCAGGAGCCUCUUCCAUAACGUGUCCUAACAAUUAUUCAGUUGAGUUUUUCUACAACAACUCUGGGAAAGUUAUCUCUGUAGCGUGGCGAGCACAGGACUAUGCCGUGGUGAUUCUGGGACUGAUUGUGUGCAGCCUCGUUAUCAUAAUGAACAUCCUGGUUAUGGUAGCUAUCUUUAUAAACCGACGCUUCCAUUACCCUAUCUACUACCUGCUGGGGAACCUGGCGGCCGCCGACCUGUUUGCCGGGAUCGCCUACAUGCACCUGAUGUUCCACACUGGGCCCUGGACUAAAAACCUGGAUGUGUACCACUGGUUCAUCAGACAGGGUCUGAUCGAUACGAGUCUGACUGCAUCGGUCAUUAACCUGAUGGCCAUCGCCCUAGAGAGACAUCAGACCAUCUUCACCAUGCAGCUCCACAGUAACAUGACCAACUUUCGGGUCAUCCUACUGAUUGUGGGCAUCUGGACGGUCGCUGUGAUCAUGGGUCUGAUCCCCAGCAUGGGCUGGAACUGCCUGUGCAACAUAGAUAACUGCUCCAAGAUGGCGCCCAUGUACAGCCGCAGCUACCUGGUGUUCUGGGCCGUGCUGAACCUGCUGUCCUUCAGCGUCAUGGUGCUGGUCUAUACCCGCAUCUUCAUCUACGUCCGGCACAAGAGCCAGCGUAUGAGUCAGCAUACAGUGCAGUCCAAACACAAAGAGACCGUGGAGAACCUGAUGAGGACCGUCUUCGUCAUUCUGGGGUGCUUUGUGGUGUGCUGGACUCCAGGUCUGGUGCUGCUGCUGCUGGAUGGUGUGAAAUGUAACUGUGGUGUGCUCAAAGUGGAGAAGUUCUUCUUGGUCCUGGCCGAGUUAAAUUCCAUGAUGAACCCCAUCAUCUACUCGUACCGUGACCAGGACAUGCGGCGCACGUUUAAGCGCAUCCUCAGCUGUCUAUGUCUCCGGCGCGGACAGUCAGGCCAGCAUCCUGACGUCCGCUUCAACACGCUCAACCAAGAGGUACUGACCGACUCCAACGGAUCCGAAAUCACGCACCAGCACGAGCUCAGAACCAACUCAAGACGCUGAAGGGCUUUAACCACGUAAUAGUGUGAUAGCUUUAUCACAAACACAACAGCGGCAGCUUUAAAACACAAAGCAGCUUUAUUAUAAGAACGUUAAAUGUAGGCGGGAUUUAGCGAGUUUAACGUCACCUCACCUGGAUAACAAGCAGUCCAUACAACCUUUAUUGUUUUUAAAUUUAAUAUCGGCCUUUAAAGCUUUCUAUAGAACAUCCUGAUGGCACUUAAAGAAAAACUGCAUUAAAAGAAAACACACCUUCACUUCAGAAAUGCUAAUGACUUCAGGUUGUGUGUGUGUUUUUUUUUUUUUAAAUAGCCGUUUCAUUGUCAAAAGUCCAACAUAAUGCUAAACCGGUCAUAGGUCCUUAAAGUAAAGAAAGCUUGCAUCACCCUUACGGUCACAAACCGUGACGGGAUUUAGCCGCGUUAGAGGUUUUUAUAUUUUUACAAGCACUGUAGCAGCACGUUGACCUCAAACUGACAAUCAUAAGGAAACCCAACAUGUGUAACAAACCCAUUAAGAUUCAGACGAGACUGAAAUGUUUUAACUGGUUGAAACUUAGACAGAAAAUUCUACUUAGUUUGUUAAUCGUCUGUAGUCUAGAAGCUGGAAACAAAACGGACGACCACACCGACAUUUAACACGACAGUUGUGGUGCCAUGAGGUCACGUUAGGUUAAGAUUAACUACACCAAGGGUGACUAAUCUUACCCACAAAGGCCCGGUGUGGGUGCAGGUUUUUAUACAAACCAAGCAGAAGCCACACCUGAUUCCACCUGUGUCAUCAGUUGUUCUUGGCGUUUAGUAUAGACUCUGGUGUGGCUUCUGAUUGGUCGGAAUGAGAACCUGCACCACACCGAUUGGACACCGCUGAACUACAUCAUGCUCUAGCAGCUUAACCACAGACACACUGAUGCUACGUCUAAAACAAACGGCACCCCGAGAGGCUAAAAUCCUGCAGCAGAAUAAACACACAACUUCCUCUGGGAAAGUGCAGAGGAAAGAUUCCUUAAAACUAGGAGUGAGUCUAGAUUUCCCUUUAAGUGUUUGUUUGUCCUCAGACGCACAACGUCACCUCUUUAUCUACUCUGAGGACAAUGUCGUGUGUUUGUGUGUCUCAGCAGUUUAAUUUUUUCCCCUCGUGAUAAUAUAAAGAUCGUCAUUCUGUCUCACCUACACGUGGCCUUUUCAUUCGUUCUGCUCGUCUUUUAUUACGGACAUUUGUGUGAUUUUUGUUUUUUUCUCCUCCUUUUCUUUUCUUUUUUUUCCAUUUUACUAUCUAGAGAAGACCAGCAGAGUCCCUGAGGAUGUAGCGUGUUAAUUAAGCAGUGUUUCGUCCUUAUGUGGGUGACAAUCAGACUCAACUGAACUUUAUUACUCUUGAGGAUUUGACCUGUACAUUAUUGUGCUAUUUUCACCCUUUUUUCCUGUUUUUGUUUUUUUUUUUAAUUUACUUUUUUAUUUUAUUUUAUUUGUUUGAUUUUUGCUGUCGUCCUUUAAAAAUGUUCUCGUGCUAAUUUGCGUGUACGUGUACUUUACUGUAUGGGACAGAAUCCUUCAGUCUCGUUCUCCACCUGGUUCUUUGGUUAUGUUGAGCAGAUUUCCAUCAACCCCCGACGUGUGUGUACACUAAUCACAUAAAUAUUUACACAUCCCUCCUUCAGCAUAGUGAGUGGAAACGUGUUCACUGUCACACACACACUGAUGUCAGGUCCCUGUUUGUGGCCUGCACAUCUACGAUAAGAGUUCUUCAUCAGUUCUUGUCCUGUCAGGAAGUGAGAUUGUUGUCUUUAAGAUGAUUUUCGUUCUAAACAAAUCCACACACAUGAUUCAGUCUGCUGCGUGACAUGCUCGAGGUCACCGGAGACACGCAGUGUAUUGAGGUCUUACUUCCUGCAGCAGCGGUUUUUGUUUCCUGUUCAGUUUUAUCACCUUCUACAAGAUUUAAAAACAAGAGUGUGUGCGUGUGCGUGUCGGAGUGUGUGCGAGUGCGUGUCGGAGUGUGUGCGUGUGCGUGUCGGAGUGUGUGCGUGUGCGUGUCGGAGUGUGUGCGUGUGCGUGUCGGAGUGUGUGCGUGUGCGUGUCGGAGUGUGUGCGUGUGCGUGUCGGAGUGUGUGCGUGUGCGUGUCGGAGUGUGUGCGUGUGCGUGUCGGAGCGUGUGCGUGUCGGAGCGUGUGCGUGUCGGAGCGUGUGCGUGUCGGAGCGUGUGCGUGUCGGAGCGUGUGCAUGUGCGUGUCGGAGCGUGUGCAUGUCGGAGCGUGUGCAUGUCGGAGCGUGUGCGUGUCGGAGCGUGUGCGUGUGUGUGUCGGAGCGUGUGCGUGUGUGUGUCGGAGCGUGUGCGUGUGCGUGUCGGAGCGUGUGCGUGUGUGUGUCGGAGCGUGUGCGUGUGUGUGUCGGAGCGUGUGCGUGUGUGUGUCGGAGCGUGUGCGUGUGUGUGUCGGAGCGUGUGCAUGUGCGUGUCGGAGCGUGUGCGUGUCGGAGCGUGUGCGUGUCGGAGCGUGUGCGUAUGUCGGUUACCACUUUUAUGCUGAUAGAAAUGCAGCUCAUUUUAAAAGCCGAAUAUUAAGCAGAGUAACACACAGAGUAACACACAGAGUAACACACAGAGUAACACACAGAGUAACACACAGAGUAACACACAGAGUAACACACAGGAUGGUGUUUAAUGAGUUCGAACCUGUCAUCAUAAAUCAGUGCUGUGUGUGAAAGCAGAAGUGAAACUGUGUGGUGUGUGGAUGGAUUUGUGUAAUGCAGAUCUAGCUGAGCUUUAGGAUCAUCCAGAGUUCUGAAGAUGUUAGAAAGCUCUGACACUGGAGACUCCUUGUGAUUUUUCACCCAUGAUGUUUAACAGAGGAUCUGCAUUACUGCAGUGUUUGUGUUUGUGUUGCUUUGUGGGCUCCAAGCUGUACAUCAUUAAAAGCUUUAAACCCUU